AUGGAUACAGCCAAACAUGCCAGCCCAGUUUUCUACCCCGCAUUCUGCUUCAAGGCAUCGCCAACCCACUUCGCCUGGGUGAAAAUGGCCGCGGCAGAUGUGCAUCGGCUGCAAAGGCGGAGAGGCUUUGAAGGCCAAAACAUCUUUUUCUACAACAACCACCCAAUCCGCUUCGUCAGCCUAGUCGGACUGGUCGUCGCCCGGACCGAGGUGCCUCGACGAACAAUCCUAACACUAGACGACAGCAGCGGCGCCACAAUCGACGUAGCCGUACUGCAAGCAGAUCCCAGAAAGGACCCAUCAAAGGGAUCCACAGCGGCAUCCAAACUGGGGAUAGCAGACGCAGACCCAGAUGCCGCAGUAUCCAUAGACUCAACAGAGAUAUCGACAGCAGAUGGCAAGACAAUCUCAACAACAACACCAACAGCAGCAACAGGAACAGCAACCCAUGUAUCCGCAACAGAUCGCACCGAGCUCGACAUCUCACGCCUGACACCAGGAACAACAGUAAGAGUCAAAGGCACGCUCUCGCUCUUCCGGGCCACGAUGCAACUGCAUCUCGAGCGCUUCACGCUGGUGCGGGACACCAACGCCGAGAUGCAGUUCCUGGACGAGCGGCUCCAGUUCUUGGUCGAGGUGCUGGCCGUGCCAUGGGUGCUGCUGGACGAAGAGGUGGAGCAGUUGCGCGGCGAGGCGGAGCGCGGGGAUUUGUUGGCUAUUGAGGAGAAGAAGCGCGCGGAACAGAAAGUGAAGAGGCGUGCAGAGCGCGAGGAGAGGGAUCAGCGCCAUAUUCAGAAGAGGUAUGAGCGCGAGGAACGGAAAAGAGAUAAAGAGGCGGGCGUGUGUAGAGAGGAUGGGGUUAAGGUGAUGCGGAAGAUUCGGAGGAGAAAGGUUCUUCAAGGAGAGUGA